AUGAAGCGCCUUACUCAGGCGCUUGUCGGCUUGCUUCUUGCAUGUGGUGUUUGCGCUGAAGCUGGGGGUACGAACCUCGCCCAACCACCCCUACCACCCUUCACCAAAGAGGUAGUCGUCUGGGUCAAUGAAAAGGGAGAGCAUAUCAGCACGGAAACACACUACGUCAAGGCCAUGGCCUCUGCGCUACCUGAUAAUAAACUCCCAAUAUCAAUCCCAGAACCGGAUGUGCCCGAUAUAGCACCAGCACAUGCAUUUUCCAAGAACGACAACGACGUGAACGAUCAUUCCGACCCAGCGCCAGAUAAACCCAAGGAGUCCCAACACCCUAACGCACACCCUAAACCGCCAGCUCCUCAUUCCCACACUCACCAGCACCCACACGCCCAAUUCGGCAUCUCAUACUCCCCAUACAAAGCAGACCGCACCUGCAAGAACCAAGAAGAAGUAAAUGCCGACCUAGACCGAAUCGCGGAAUAUUCCUUCAUCCGGAUCUACGGCACAGACUGCGAUCAAACAAGAACCGUAACCAAUGCCGCGCGCCGACACAAGAUGCUCGUUUUCGCCGGGGUCUACGACUUGACUAAUUUCCCAGGAAGCCUCGAUGCCUUUGGCGAGUCAGUAACAGGCCCGGACGGCAAAAAAGACUGGUCAAUCUUCCACACGAUCGCCAUCGGCAACGAACUCGUAAACGGAGGAACCAACUCGGCCAGCGACGUCGCGACUGCCGUGCAAAAAGCACGCUCCGUACUGCGCGCACAGGGCUACACAGGUCCCGUCGUUACAGUCGAUACUUUCUCCGUCCACCUCGACCACCCGGAACUCUGCCAGGUCUCUGACUACUGCGCUGCGAACUGCCAUGCUUUCUUCGAUGCGACUCAGCAGCCUGCUGGCGCCGGCGCGUAUGUGCUUGAGCAGGCCCGUAGUAUCUCUGCCAGAGCGGGUGGCAAGCGUACUAUGAUUACGGAGUCUGGGUGGCCGCAUGCUGGGGAUUCGAAUGGAGGUGCUAUUCCUUCGGCGGAUAAUCAGCAGGUGGCUGUUGCGAGUUUGAGGAGGAGUUUUGAUCAUCGGAGGGGGGAUUUGGUGCUGUUUACUGCCUUCGAUGAUUUGUGGAAGGAUGAUAAUAUGUAUACCUUCAAUGCGGAAAAGUUUUGGGGGAUUCAUGGAGGUUUAUGA